AUGGCCGCGCCCUCCGACGAUGACGCCUCGCUUUGCUGGAACAACGCCGCAUCCGACGACUCCUCCUCCUCCUCGUCGGACGCGCCCGCGGACGCCCUCGACGCUGUCGUCGAGGAGCUCAAGAGCCGCGGCUACCGCACGUGCCUCGUCGUCGGGCCCGGGUCGUCCGGGAAGACGACGCUCCUGCGGCGCCUGGGCCCCGUCAUCGACCCGGGCGCGCUGCGGUGGGACGGCGGCAAAGCCGUCGUCUCGCAGGUCGCGCCCGGCGAGGCGCCCGCCGCGGCCAUCGAGCGCCUCCUCGGGAGCGGCCUGAGCACGAUCCCGACGUGGACGCAGCCGUUCUCCAGUCUGAGCAACGGCGAGAAGGCGCGCGCCGUCGUCGCGCGGUGCCUGGAGUCGGGCGUCGGCCUCGACGACCUCGGGAGCGAGGUCCACUGGCGCGCGGCGACGACCGCGGCCGCGUGCGUGCGCCAGCUAGUGGAGAGACGAAAGUUACGACGCGUGGCGUUCGCGUCGGCCCUGCCGGACGUCGCGCGCUGGCUCCAGCCCUGCGCGCUCGUGGUCCUGGACGUCGGCGCGGCGCCGCGCGUUCUGUGGAACCCGAGGGAGGGCGACGAGCGGCGGACGAACGUGCGCGUGCGCUGCCGCCAGUACGCGCACGAGCAGAUGGUCGCCGGCCCCGUGGCCUUCCGGAGCCUCCGGGGCGCGCCAAAGCAGCUCACGGCGCGCGACGUCGCGGGCGCCGACGGCGGCUGGUGGGCGGGCGGCUUCCGCUCGUGUCGCGUCCGCGCGGCGCGGACGCUCGCCUGCGCGGUCGAGGCGGACGCGUGCACGGCGGCGGCGGCCGAGGCGCUCGAGGUCGACUUCGACGGCACCUGCAGCAAGCGGUUAAGGCUGCUGCGGCGCGAGGACCUGAUGCGCGCGGAAUUCGGCCUGGGGGUCGUCUGCGGACCGUCCGGGAGCGGCAAGUCGACGCUCCUCGGCGCGACCUUUGGGGGCGUGACGAGCGCGGACGUCGUCGACGGCCCGACGGUCUUGGACGCGCUGCUCCGCGUCGACCCGCCGCACCUCGCGCGGCGGCGGUUGGCGGCCUGCGGCCUCGAGGGCUUCGAGAAUAGACGCGUCGGCGAGCUCUCGCGGUCCGCGGCCGCUUUACUCAAAGUCGCGGCGCACGUCGGCGACGACGCGGUGCUCGACGAGGUCUGCACGGGCCUCGACGCGGGCGCCGCCGUCGCCGUCGCGGCGUCGCUCGGCGCCUUCGUCCGCGAGCGGGGCUUCCGAGGCGUCGUCGUCGCGACGUGCGUCGACGCCGUCGCGGAGGCGCUCCGGCCCGACUGGGCCUUCCGCACGACGACGGGCGAGCUCCGCGACCGCACGGACGCCGUCGACGACGACGCGGCCGCCAUCGCGCGCGUCGGCGACCGAAGCAAAGCCGCGUGGGCCGCGGCCGUCGCCGCCGCUUUGGAUUCCAGCUUCGCGCCGCCGACGGUCGACGUGCGUUUGGAGCCCUGCGCGAACGAGGUCUGGGACCGCUUCAAGCAGCACCACUACCUCGCGCGGAAGCUCAGCCAGGCCGCGCGGUGCUUCGUCGCGCUCGACGCGGCGGGCGCGGCCGUCGCCUUCGACAGCCGCGUGUCGAAGCGCGGCGCCUUCGCCUUUUCCCAGAGCCGCUUCGUCGUGUUGCCGGACUUCCAGGGCCUGGGGCUCGCGAACGCGCUGGCCGACGCCGUCGCGCGGAUCCAUUUCCGGGUGGGCCUGCUCUACUACAGCCGGACGUCGCACCCGCGGCUCGGCGCGUCGCGGGAUCGGUCGCCGAAGUGGCGCGCCUGCGACUCCAACGGCCAGGCCGUCGAGGCGACGUGCUGCCUGCGCAAGCGCCGGGGCUACUCGCAUGUGUUCGUCGGGUGCGCGGCCGCGGGCGAUCUGGCCGCGUUCCGAUUGAACGCGAACGCCAAGGACCUCGCGCUCGUGCUGCGGAAGACGGCGAGCGAAAAUUAUACGGAGCGGGGCGCGCGCUGCGCGCGCUGCGACGCCGCGCGGCCCCGCGGCGCGAACCACGCGCGCUGCGCCGGCGCCUGCGGCCUGUCCUACUGCGGCGACUGCCUCGCGGCGCGGGGAGAGGAGGGGGCGCCGGCGCGCUGGAAGUGCUCGGAUUGCGCCGCGCGCGACGCCGAGAAGGACACGAAAAAACAGCGGCCCGCGAAGAAGAAGGCCAAGCCCGACGCCGGCGCGCGGAGCGUCCUGUCGAUGCUCUCGUUCAGGCCCCGGGGCGCGAGCCCGCCGCCGCGGAAGCCGCCCGCCGCGCGGCCGAAGCCGCCGCCGUCGGACGACGCCGUCAUCGUCAUCGACCACUCGGACGACGACCAGUCGUCGGAGGCGGCGGCCCCGGCCCCGAGGCUCGGGACGCCGCGCGGCUCCGAGUCGCCGCGCGCCGCGGCCGUCUCGCUGGACAAGAAGCCCCCCCGCGACGAGGUCUUCUCGGACGACGACGACGCCGACGCGUCGUCGUCGAGCUCGUCGUCGUCGAGCGACGACGACGACAGCGACGACGAGGACUUCAACGACGAGCCGUGGAUGAAGGGCGGCACGAAGCGGCCGCGGCGCCUCUCGGCGAAGCUCGACUAA